AUGGCCAACAGUGUGUUUGCAGUGACAGUUUUCUUCAUCUGCUUUCGUGAAUGUCUCGAGAGUGUCAUUAUCGUCUCCGUGCUUCUGUCUUUCCUGAAACAGACACUAGGAGGAGAAGGCGAUGUGCAAACCUUAAAACGAUUAAAUCGACAUGUAUGGCUUGGUGUAGCAUUAGGUCUCUUCAUAUGUCUAUGUGUCGGUGGUGGUAUGAUUGGUGCCUUCUACGGCCUCAACAAGGAUGUCUUCACCGGCAGUGAGGAUAUCUGGGAAGGUAUCUUCGGUUUCAUCGCUUCCAUCAUUAUCAGUAUCAUGGGUGCUGGCCUGUUGCGUGUCUCGAAGUUGCAGGACAAGUGGCGUGAUAAGCUGGCCCAGGCUCUUGAAGAGAAGGAGAAGACCAACAUCGGUAUUUACCAGCGUUUCAAAGACUGGUCCAAGAAAUAUGUCAUGUUCCUUCUUCCGUUCGUGACUGUUCUUCGUGAGGGUCUUGAAGCCGUCGUGUAUGUCGGUGGUGUGGGUCUCGGUCUCCCUGCUACUUCGUUCCCUCUCGCAGUCGUUUGUGGUCUUGCUGCCGGUAUUGCUGUCGGAUACCUUCUAUACAGAUGUGGUAACACUGCCUCACUGCAAUACUUCCUGAUCAUCUCGACCUGCUUCCUCUACCUCGUCUCCGCUGGUCUCUUCUCCCGUGCCAUCUGGUAUCUCCAGAACAACGCCUGGAACAAUAUCAUCGGUGGUGAUGCCUCCGAAACAGGUUCGGGAGCCGGUUCCUACGAUAUCCGCCAGAGUGUCUGGCACGUCAACUGCUGCAACCCCGAACUGGGUAGCGGUGGUGGAUGGGGUAUCUUCAACGCCCUUUUCGGUUGGACCAACUCUGCUACCUAUGGAUCCGUGCUGGGUUACAACCUCUACUGGAUCUGUAUCAUCAUUGCCUAUGUUUGCAUGUGGUACAAUGAGCGUUACGGCUACAUUCCGUUCUUCUCGGCCUGCAUGCGCAGAAUCCGCCCUAAGAAGGCUGCCAGCCGGUCCAGCAGUGAGGGCGUGAUUGAGAAGAGCAAGGAGGUUGAUAUGAUGCCAUCGCAGAUUGUCACCAGGGAGAUCAAUGCCUGA